AUGACGCAAUGUUAUCUCCGUCUGCUGGAGGCCUAUAAUAUUCACAUCAAUGGAGUUUUCCACUGCACGGUGCGCUACAGACAACUGCACAGCUUACAUGAACAGCUGAAGCGAGAUUUAGGGGGUUCCACUCUGCCUCCUUUCCCUCCGAAAAAGCUUCUUCCUCUUUCUCCCUCACAGACUGAGGAACGCAGGCUCAGUUUAGAAAAAUACAUCCUUCAAUUAAGCCAAGACCAGAGAGUACUGAACAAUGAUGUGUUCAACGGGUUUCUCGUGUCUGCUCAAAAUGAGACUCAGCGUGCUGGGGGUAGCCAGGAUGAGGUGCUCAUUGACAUAUAUCUGAUGAAUGGCCAGAAGAUUACACUCAGCGUUCCCGCCACCUUGCAAACAGAUGACCUUUUGGAGAAAGUUUGCAGCCACAUACAUUUGCCAAAUGAAUUAGUCUACUAUUUUGCACUUUUUCUGGUCAAGAAGGAAGAAAAUGAUCUGAUUGUCGUGAAACGGUUACAAGAUUUUGAGAGCCCAUACAUCUCUCAAAGAUGUGUGAAGGGGAUGCACAGGAUAGUACUCAGAAAAAAUUACUGGGACCCAAGCAUAGACCUUGAGGUCAUGAACAACUGUGUAGGGCUCAACCUACUGUAUGCACAGACAGUACAGGAUGUGGAGAGAGGGUGGGUCCUUACUAACCGAGAGAUCCAGCGACAGUUGGCAGCCCUACAGGCUAAGGGAGCAAAGAAAGAAUACAUGGAGUUGGCAAGAGCGCUGAAGUAUUAUGGUUAUUUGCAAUUUCAACAGUGUACAUGCAACUUUCCUAAACCCAACACCCCUGUGCUCAUCAGUGCUGGCAACCGAGAGCUGAACUUCAGGAUUGAAUGUGAAGAUGGCUCUGUAAAAGAAGGAAAUUUCAAAGUCACACGUAUGAGAUGUUGGAGAAUAACAGUACAGCAACCUAUUGAAGGAUCGACCAGCAGCAGCAGUACCAGUAGCAGUACGAGCACGAGUACAAGCACAAGCACCAGUACCAGCAGUAGCAGCACCAGCAGUAGCAGCAGCAGUAGUAGAAGCAGCUGCAGCAGCUUGGAGGGUGGGCGGAAUGUCAACUUAGAGCUGUCCUUUGAGUACCUCAUGAGUCGUGAGGACAUGCGGUGGGUGACAGUGACAAGCUCCCAGGCUGUCCUCAUGUCCAUGUGCCUCCAGGGAAUGGUGCAAGAACUCCUUACGCGCAAACGUGGACACAAAGUCCGGACUCCGAGCAAGCGGGUUCGCAAAGGUAGUCUUUCAUACAUGCGAAGAGAUGGAAGCAGCACACAAGUGACACUUAACCAUACAGGCGAGAACCUGCCAAUGAGUUCAGAUACGUCUUGUGAGAAAAGUAAUAUGAGAGCAAGAUUCAACAAUGCCCUUUCGGAUACAAGAGCUACUGGGCAUUUUUUAUGUGACAGCAGGAAAGGGUAUGGCACUAUUUUGCUCUCCGACACCAGCAACCUGGUGAUGGUCCCUGACUGUGCUUAUUACCUGCAGAAAGCCCAGGAACUGCUGAUCAUGGCGACCACUUUCCUGAAACAGCAUCGUGUUUCCCUGGGGCGAACCUCUGAAAUGGUUCAGGGUUAUCAACUCUCCCAUUCACGUUUCUAUGGGUUAUCCGUGGUCAGUAUGCUGUGGCAGACGUGCCUAUGCGCCCCAUUGUCCUCUCCUGGGAAUCUGGGACCGACCAUCUUGCUUCCUGGUUAA